CACCCCCGUCAUGCAGUGAUCGAGUCGUUGUAGCGGCCACAGGUUUUCCUCUCAACUAUUCACCCUGCAGGAUUUGAGGCUUUUCACCUUUAAGGAGUUAUUGUGCAGAUGUUUUCCUUGACCUCUGGUGCCCGGCCACUCCGAGAAGUCGCUAAGACCAAAGACAACCUCGUCAACCGGGUUGGCCUCCUGCAAGAUUUGCCCCUUUGGACUGAAUUCGUAAUCCUCCAAGUCUAGUUAAAGUUCACCUGCUCUAGUACAAGCCUGUUUCAUGGUUGCACCACGAACAAUGAGCAGGACCAGACAUUAGAGCUCAGGGUUGGUCGUGGAGGUAAAUCUGAUGAUGACGGCUCCGCGUUCUGGUCGGAGGAAAAGAAGAGGUCACUCCAGGCCUCUGUCUUCCAUGUCCGCUUCCCCAGGCUACAUUAGACUAAAGCAGAAUGAGCCUAUGAACUCCUUGCGAAUCUCCGUAGGAGGCCUCCCUGUUCUGAAUUCUAUGGCCAACGCCACGGACCCUCGGUUCCGCCUCAAGUGGAAGCCCAUCGUGGCCGCGGGUUUCGCCCUCUCGUUAUUCCUGCUGCUCUUCAUGAACAUGAGCUCAGCGUUUCGCUCUCGCCAAUACAACCCCUUCAGCUGGAGUGCCACGCACGGUGACACCCGUCAGUUCGAUGGCCAUUAUAAUGACACCUACCCUCUCAGUCUGCCUGAGAGGACGCCGCAGGGCACACGCUACCGCAUUGGGGUCAUCGCUGACCUGGACACAAACUCUCGUAGUGACAAGAAGCUGACGUGGUUCAGCUACUUGCGGCGGGGGUACCUGCUGGUGUCCAAUAGUGGCGACAAGGUGGCGAUCGAAUGGGACGAGGACAGGGUGGUGCUGGAAAGCCACUUGUCGGAGAAAGGCAGGGGUAUGGAGCUGUCUGAGCUGGUGGUGUUCAACGGGAAGCUGUACAGCGUCGACGACAGAACGGGCGUGGUCUACCACAUCGACGGCGACAAAGCUGUGCCCUGGGUCAUCUUACCCGACGGCGAUGGCAGCGUUGCCAAAGGGUUCAAAGCUGAGUGGCUGGCAGUGAAAGACGAGCACCUGUACAUCGGUGGUCUGGGGAAGGAGUGGACCACCGGUGAGGGCGAGUUCGUCAACAACAACCCCGAAUGGGUAAAAGUAGUCGGCUUCAGAGGGGACGUGCAACACCAGAACUGGGUCCCCAGGUACAGAUCUCUGAAGUUCGCUGCAGGGAUAGAGCCUCCAGGCUAUCUCAUCCACGAGUCAGCGGCGUGGAGCGACACCCUUCAGCGCUGGUUUUUCAUCCCCCGCCGCGCCAGCAUGGACCGCUACGAAGAGACGGCGGACGAGCGUCGCGCCACGAACCUUGUCCUCAGCUGCUCGCCAGAUUUCAAAGACAUCGUCAUGGCUCGGGUGGGUCCUCUCAACCCCACUCACGGUUUCUCCUCCUUCAAGUUCGUCCCCAACACAAACGACAACAUCAUUCUGGCGCUCAAGUCGGAGGAGGACGCUGAAAAGGUGGCCACGUACAUCACGGCCUUCACGCUUGACGGACAAAUCCUUUUACCUGAAACCAAGAUUGGCGACGUGAAGUAUGAAGGCUUGGAGUUCAUCUAAAGGAACCCGGAGACUCGGUCCUGAGGCCACUGCACUGUAGUUCUAUUUUGUUUACAAGCCAGUCACUGUCGAAGGUAAUGCACUCGCUGCUUCCUCAUUACGUUUGCAGAAGACACAAGUCAGGCCCUUGGAGGAUCCUCCUCGGUGCGAGGAGCAGAACACGCGGGCUGAGACUGAGGCGUGGUCCCGCUGUGGCUCCAGAGAACGUGUCCGUCAGACCGAACAAUACCAGCAUUUCUCGUGGUGCAUCAUCUCCUUCUUCUACAUUACUGUAGCCUUUCUUAUAAUGAAUGUACUAACGAUUGAUUCAUCAGACUGUGAUUAGUCUCCAUUUUUAUGCACAUACCUUACACUCUGAAAAGGUCAAAGGUCGUUUCCCCCUUUGCUCCAUGUCAAACUGCAUCACUCUGUACACACAACACAUAAAUAUUGUCAGGGGAAAUCACUGAAUGCCUGUUUUUAUUCUUCGUAAAAAAAACUAAAAAUCGACAUCAUUGGAAGGAUUUGAGGAAAUUAGAAUGAUAUUGUAUGUAUGUCAUGUGUUUUUAUGUCUGGCGGGUGUGCUGACUAAGUAAAUUCUUGAUUCCUC